CACACAUUCAGUGGGCCAUAAGAGAAGAAGACAUCAAAAUUUCAAAUUAGAUAAAAUCGUCGGGUGGUCAAAAUAUGGCUGAAAAACCGAAGUGAUUGUUCCGGCCACCUUGUAGGAGGUUGUUCACUACUUAAACUCAGCGAUUCCCUAAUCCUCGUUCUAAACGUUGUACACACCAAUUUGGCCUGCAAUUGCAUAAUAUCUGAAUUCUGGUUUAGAGGGCACUGAUCUUGACUACUGCUCUCUCUCUGCUCUUUUUACAUUUGAGGGGAACUCUAGUAAAAUGGCAAGCAUUGAAGUGAGUAAUAAGCAAGUAAUCUUGAAGGAUUAUGUUACUGGAGUGCCAAAGGAGUCUGAUAUGUUGAUAAAAUGUACCAAACUUCCAUUGCAGUUAAAAGAUGGAGCACAAGACAUUCUUGUAAAGAAUUUGUAUUUGUCAUGUGAUCCAUACAUGCGAGGCCGCAUGAAAAAUAUUGCUUCUUACUUCACAGCUCCUUUUACUCCUGGAUUGGUUAUCAAUGGCCACGGAAUCUCCAAGGUUGUAAUAUCAAAUCAUCCAGAAUUCAAACAGGGGGAUUUGGUAGCUGGCUUUACUGGAUGGGAAGAAUACAGUAUAAUACCAGAGGGCAGGGGCAUGCGAAAGAUCCUACAUACAGAUGUGCCUAUUUCCUACUAUAUAGGGGCUUUAGGACUGCCUGGACACACAGCUUAUAUUGGUUUUUUUAAGGUGAGCUCCCCUAAACCAGGGGAAACAGUCUAUAUCUCUGCAGCUGCUGGAGCAGUUGGUCAGCUUGUUGGCCAAUUUGCCAAGUUGCAUGGUUGUUAUGUUGUUGGGAGUGCUGGAAGCAAAGAAAAGGUGGACUUACUGAAAAACAGGCUAGGUUUUGAUGAUGCGUUCAAUUACAAGGAGGAACCAGACUUAAAUGCUGCUCUUAAGAGGUACCUUCCAAAUGGGAUCGAUAUCUAUUUUGAGAACGUGGGUGGUGAUAUGCUUGAAGCAGUUCUUGAAAACAUGAACAUCUUUGGCCGAAUUGCUGUUUGUGGGAUGAUCUCACAAUAUAAUUUGGAGCAGGGUAAAGGUAUAAAGAACCUGUCACAAAUAAUUAUCAGACGCAUUAAAAUGGAAGGUUUCCUUGAACCUGAUUAUGCAAAGACAUAUCCGGAGUUUGUGGAGAAGGUAAAAGGUUAUAUCAAAGAAGGGAAAAUUGUUUGCAUGGAAGAUAUUACUGAUGGUCUGGAGAAUGCACCAGCUGCUUUUGUUGGUCUCUUUCAUGGUAAAAACAUAGGAAAACAGAUUGUGCGUAUAUGUGACGACAAAUGAUUGAAAAUGAAAAAUAGAAGCAUUGCGGUUGCAGUCAUCUGGUACCAAAGGAUUCUAAGCUGUGUGGUAUCAAAUGCAAAUAAUGCAACAGGUUAUUUAUGAUGAGAGAAUGAACUAGUAAAUUUUCUUUGGAUAGUGGUGCUUUUUAUUGAUGUUGGUGUUUUCUGUUGACAAUAAUAUGCAUUCAACUGCUUUUCGCAUAAUCUUUUGUAAAUGUCUGCGUAGAGUAUUAGGAUGUGAAUGGCAUCAGAAUAUUUAUAUCCCAAUAAGUGAAACUUGGGGCAUCUAAUAUGAUAUUACAUUCUUCGGAGAAUCAAAAAAUGAAGGCUUUUCUUUUUCA